AUGCAGGAGGGUGGAAGAGAGUACGGGGCCCCGCUCGGGCCCAGAGACCCGCCGACACCCGACCGAAUCGCGAACAUCGCGCGAGGCCUGGGGAGUGAAGGCGCAGCGAACGGGGAGCGGAGAGGGGAGACCGGAGCAAGUGGGGCUGCACACACCACUUCGUGUGGGCGAGGGGCGGGCGACGCCGCUUUCCGAAGCAACGCGCAAGAGACGCAUCUCGACUGGGAGGAAUGGCAAGGCGACUGGCCGUUGCCUAUGCAUGCGGCCGCAGGCAGCGUUGCGGGGCUGAUGGAGCACUUGGCGGUGUAUCCCAUCGACACCAUUAAAACUCGAGCCCAGGCUCUGUGCAUGGCGCCUCCACAUCUUUCUGAAGCGUGCACAGACCAGACGCGGGACGCGCUGAAGAGACAGCCCCGAAGCGCGCCGUGUGCUCGCAACGCGCGUGCUGGAGAAGCUUCGGCGACGGCUGCGCGCGGGUCGUCGUCGGCGCCCCAGCAGAUCACCGUGUCGAAGCCGCCAUCCGGAGACGGCCUGCGGUCCUUGUGGAGUGGCGGAUCCGAAGGCGGAAGACUCGCGGCGGGGCACGCAGCUGAGGCGCGCAUGACCCUCCAAAUGGCCCACAGUCCCUUACAGGGCUUCUGUCCUCUCCGGCAAAUCGCGGUACCUCCCUGUCCCAUCUCGCAAGGACCCUACCCUGGGCCCUCGCCCCUGUCGUCUCUCGCAUACUCCUCGCCGAAAAAGAACUCGACCCCCGGGGAUAUGGGGAUGCGCCUUCGCUCGUCGUCAAGUUUCGCCAGACCGCCCUCCUUCGACAAGUCGACAGCGGGGUCCAGACUCGGGCCGAGGUCUUCCGGCGAAAAAAGCGGAAAGGCCUUGGCCAGCGGAACGUGGCGCCCAGUAAGCCAGCGAGCCGUACUACCACCUUCCACGGCUCAUCUCAACUUCUCCGUGCUGUCUGCAGAUUUCAGCCGUGCUCGUGCUCGCCAGAGAAGCUAUCCCGGCCGCCUCGCUCAGGCAGUCGCUGAAAGGGAAUUCCAUGCAGAACGGGGCAGGGCGUCGUGGGGUCAUCGACAUGGGAGGCUAGCGCUGCCUGCAUGCGAAGCCGUGGGCCAACGUCUGGCGCGCGCCGACGCCAGUCGACUGCUGGGUAGACCUCUGGCGUCUGCAGUCGAACGCGUACACUCUGCCUGGCUAGUUCGAAACUUCGCCGGGGGCGCUUCUCGCGUUUCGCGCCCUGAGCGCGUCCCAGUCGUCUCGUCCGCAUCUGGACUCGUAGGUUCAAGACUCUCUGGCCACAGUCUUGGCUCGGCCGUCUCGUUAGUCCGCCGCUUGCCUCUCUUCUCUCUGCCUCCCGUCUCCGCUUCGGCCUCUCUCCCGCCGUCGCCUCUGGGCGACGGCGGCCCGGCGACUCGUGGCGGUCUCCCACGAGCUGUCGCGUCUCUGGCAGGCUCUGGGACAGGGGACCUGUGGAGGAGACACGUGGCCACGCUCGUGGGGUUCAGCCCGCCUUCGGGAGAAGGGACGGGUUGUGCGUCGCCUGGACAGACGACAGCUCGCCGAGCGCACGCCACGUUCGCUCCAUACACCGAAGAAGAGUUUCGGAUUGCGCGAGGAAGAUUCUCGGUAUUUUCGGCUGCUAAAUCUCUUUACGCAGAAGGGGGGAUUCCGCGGUUUUACCGCGGAGCCACCGCAGUCGCGUCGGGGUGCAUCCCUGCGCAUGCGUUUUACUUCCUUUCUUACGAACGAAUGAAACAGUUCUUUCUCGAGAGAAAAGACAGACCGCGGUCGUCAACUGCCGAAGCGCCUGGCGCCGUCCCUGUCUCUUCGUCGCCUCCAUCCUCUCUCGGAGCGUCUAAAAACCAGGAGAGAAGAGACACCGACCAGGGUUCGGAAGCGUCCGCUACGGAGUUCCAUGACGGCACGACACGCGGUCGCUGGGGCCAGGAAGAGGCCGCUCCGGGCUCGGGCUGGCCCGACGGCUGGAUCGCUGUGGGGGAAGGCCCUCCAGGACGAGAGGGGGGACCGGUGGGCGCGGAGGGAGCUCAGCUGUCUCCCGUUGAGUCCUUCGUUUGCGGCGGGGUGGCGACGAUCACUCACGACGCCAUCCUCACGCCGAUGGAUGUGAUUAAGCAGCGGCUGCAGCUUGGCUGUUACAGGAGUCCCCUCGAUUGCCUUCGAACUGUGCUCCAGGACGAAGGAGGGAUGGCGCUGUGUCGCAGUCUCCCGGCGACAGUCCUCUUGAACGUUCCGUUCGGCGCGACGCUCGUGUGUGUCAACGAAUGGAUGAAGCAGACCGUUCUUCCCCCUGAUAGUCAUACGGAUCAAAGGAGCAACCUUCAUCUUUAUUUCCUCUGUGCAGCUGUCAGUGGAGGCGUUGCGGGUCUGAUCUCGAAUCCUCUCGACGUCAUCAAAACGCGGCUCCAGACUCAAGACUGCUAUCGCCAGCAACAAGAGGCACUUAUCCGGCAAGCGGCGGCGAGGACACGUGGCCUGGAGGGGCCAGGUGGAGUACAACGGGCUCGACCGCCUUGCGCGCGCACCGCGUUCCUUCCGCGGGUCACAAAAAAAUAUAGUUCGCUGCAUAGUGCAGUCCGAACGAUUUUCCGAGAAGAGGGAUUCCGAGGCUUCUGGAAGGGUACCUCGACGAGGAUCGCAUUGAGCACUCCAGCUACCGGCAUUUGCUGGGGCACUUACGAGACCGUCAAGUUCCUCUGGAAACGCUUCUGCGUAGCCGAGGGGAAUAUGUGA